CACCAUUCGGUUGGUGUGUGGUGGUGGAAUGCACCAGCGAGCCGUUCAACUCUUUUGAUUUUGCUUUGCUAUUCUAUUCUAGAUCAAACACAAAAGCAAAGUCUCUAUUGUUGAGUCUAUUUUCAAAAGCUGCCGUUCGAUCUCGUUUUAUUUUCUCCCCCACUUGUCCACCAGCCAGCCAGCAGGUUGAUUGGGCCAUUUUGCUGAGCUGUUUGUCUGACGUUUGGAUGCCCGGAAGCUAAAGCUAAAGCUCAACAGUUUGUCGAGUGAAAGAGGAUUUUUUUCAUUUCAUUGGUGGGGUGAACAGAAACAAAAACGACGGAACAACCGAGUCAAAAAAUGAGAGGCGAGCCGACCACCAGUGAAUUGCAGGCCUUGGCCGCCAGGCAGCAGCAGCAGUUGGACACUCAAGCCCGGCUGAUUGCAGCCCGCGAGCAUCGUUUACGACAGGUGCAGGAGGGGGUCCAGGCCGUCAAUGACGCUAGUGCCACCAGCAGCGAGGCGGAGCGAGUUCGCAAAUUGCGCGAGAGAGUCGAAGCCCAGGAGGCCAAAUUGCGCAAGCUGCGCGCACUGCGGGGCCAGGUCGACCAACAGCGGAUCACCAACGGAUCACUCUCUGCCGACUUGACGUCGAUCCGAGCGCUCUUCAACGAGAAGGAGAAGGAACUGAGUAUGGCGGCGGCCCAGGUGGAGGAUCUAACGCGGCAGUUGGAACAGUUCAGCGCUCAGGCUCACCACGCCCAGGCUCAUCCGGGAAGCAAAGCUUACUUUGUUCAGCUUCACCUUGAACGUCUCCGAGCCGAGCUGAUGUAUCGGAAUAAGCUGAACGAACAAAAGGCGGCCGAUCUGAAGGAAAAGAAGGCCAGGCUAUUGGAGAAUCGUGAAAACGUUGGCGACAUGGAAAUUCGAAUUAAUGAACUUCGGGAGCGACUCCAGCGGAAAAAGAUGCUCAAUCAGCAGCUGGCCAACCAACUCAGUGAUGCGUCGCAGAAGAAUAACAAGGUUCUGUCCCAGCAGCAGCAGCAGAGACCGGUGAAGAAUUCCGUGUCGCAAGUGGCGGCCAUCGAGCCGUUCAAUCGUCAGCAGCAGCAACAACAACAGUCACAACAGUCGAACAUUAGUGACCAGCGCGACGAUGACGUGACGGAUUUCAGCAAGAACGACCCCAAGUAUCAGACGCUGCCCUACAACACCCGUUUCGUCCCCAUGAACUUUCACAACAACAAUAAUAACAACAACAACAACAAGAGAGGGUCGCCGACGAUGAUGAAGAGUCUGAAAGUGGCCUCGGUCCCGCCGCAGGUGGCCGAAAAGCCCGCACUCCCGCCAAAACCCGCCGUGAAUUACAAACCACUUUUGCCUCCCAGGCAAAAUCCCGACAAAGAUUCAUCCAUCGACGCAUCCAACCCCCAACCCUCUUCUGAUGAGAAGAGUGUGGACUAUUUGCUGGCCAAAGCGGAGCUUCCCCUCAAACCGAAACCUUUAACGCUGAAGAAACAUGUAAUUCCACCUCCGCCACCUCCUCUGCCACCUCCGCCACCAUCUCAACCGCCAGAAUUCCUGGGCGAGAUGACGAAGGAAGAGACGAUGGAUCAAGAGGAUGAGCGGAUGCUGCAGGAUGAAUCACCACCGUCUCAUCCGCAAAUAGAUCAAGGCGACGAUAGGGUGGCGGCAUUUCCCGAUCAAUCGGGCGAAUCUCCCAUGGCAGCCGGGCAUCAACAACAUCCGACUACGUCCAACUACGACGACGACGACUUGGGGGCUGAUCAAGGAGCGGCCGCGCUAAUGACAGACAUCCAUGAUCCCUCACCACCGUUGGAAGGCGUUGCCCGUCGAUUGCGCAAGGGUAAUUUGAAGAGCGGUACAGCCGACGCUUUGCGAAAGUCUCGGCGAGUCAGUUUCGAUCCCUUGGCUUUGCUGCUGGAUGCUUCGUUGGAAGGUGAACUGGAGCUCGUUAAGAAGACGGCCUUAGAGGUGUCUAAUCCCAGUGCUGCCAAUGACGAAGGAAUUACAGCGCUUCACAACGCCAUAUGCGCCGGUCAUUUAGAAAUCGUGCGCUUCCUCGUCGAGCUUGGUUGUGACGUCAACGCCCAAGACAGUGAUGGAUGGACGCCUUUGCACUGCGCCGCCUCGUGCAACAAUUUGGCCAUGGUGAAGUUCCUGGUAGAGCACGGCGCUUGUAUUUUCGCGGCCACGCUCAGCGAUCAAGAGACGGCCGCCGAAAAGUGCGAGGAGGAUGAAGAAGGCUUCGAUGGAUGUUCGGAAUAUCUUUACAGUAUCCAGGAGAAACUGGGCAUUUUGAACGGCGGUCGAGUGUCGGCCGUUUACGACUACGAGGCGCAGAACACGGAUGAAUUGACUUUCCGGAUGGGUGACGAGCUCAUCGUGUUGCGGAAGGGCGACGACUACGAACGCGAAUGGUGGUGGUCCCGUCUCAACGAUCACGAGGGUUACGUGCCUCGCAAUUUACUCGGGCUUUACCCUCGGAUGAAGCGUAAGGAAUCGGAAGAAUGAUGAACACCAACGCGUCCGUUUGUAUCCAUCAUGAUCUGCAUUCGUCUGCGUUUACUCGCCAUCACACACACCUACACACACACACCCACAACAUCUCGGUUUUUAUUUCAAUUUUAUAUCCGCCCUCCGUUUAUCCGUUUCCCUUUUGUUUGUUUUUUCUCUCGCGAGUCUGAUAGACUUCCUAUUCGUUUGCAAAAUCGAUUUCUUUUUUUUUGUCUAAUUGCGCCUGCUAAUUGACAAUCUCAACAAUUUGACAAUCUCUUUUUUUUUUUGUUUUCUCUGGUCCCGUCCGCCCUAAGAAACCGAAACAAACAAAAAAUCUCGUAAAUUGGCGUGUAAAAAAAAAAUGAAUUUCUCGACUUCCUCAUAGCGCGGGAAAGAUUAUCUGUGUGAACAAGAAAUUUUUCUCGUCUUCUUCUUCCCUGUACAUGUUGAGAAAAAAAGAAACACUUGUUUUUGGAUGUUGGAAACUCAAUAGCCUCCAAAAGGAAGGAAAAAAGGUUUUUUCUUUUUUAUAUCGCCACUUUUAAUCUGACCCCAUGCUGCGUCACAUAUCGCUUUAAGGUGUAUCGCUAUAUUUUUUUUCAUCUUUUUUUUUUUUUGUCCUAUGCCACCCUUCUCACCCUUACACACUUGUUGUUGUUGUGCCUUUUUUUUCUUCUUUUCUGUUUGGAUCCCCGCCAUUCAAGUUUCUGUUUCAAAGGCAGAAUCCUCUCUCUCCCACGAUUUUUGCUUUUUAAUACCUUUUUAUGCAUAUAAAAGAAAAAGAGAGGAAGAUGAAACACAAUGUUCUAGUGAUUGAGUUUGAGCUGGUGAUGAUGAUGUAGAGAGACUGUGAACUUUCUCAUAAUUUUGUAAUGUGCCGUACUAGAAAAAAAGGAAAAGACAAAAAACAUUUGCCUCACUAUUGCAAUACAUUUUCGCCUGCCCACGUAGCAGGUUUGCAAAAAUUA